AUGGGGGCCAAUGCAAGUAAUGCAAAUAACCCAUCCCAACCUACAGCAGUCCCUACUUCCACUGGUUUUGCCCAAGACAGUGGAUCCCAGGCAACAUGUCCUUCCAACGAGCCCAAACCGACCCAGCUCCGAAACUUACAGGCACCACAAAACCGUCGAAAACAACUGAGACCAUUAUCUCAGGAGCGGGAAGUAAGCAGCAUCCCUCGAGCAGUGCCAGAUACGCCUACAGCUGCUACAUCUUCCACUUCCGCCCGCCCGCCUCCCUCACCAUAUGCAUCCCCAUCCUCAACGACAGCUUCGCACAUCAACCCUUCAAACGACGAAGCCGAAACCGGUCAUGACACCCGCACGGGCAACUGGAUUUAUCCAUCAGAGCGCCAAUUCUUCGAGGCCCUCCUUCGCAAAAAUACGCCCACAUCUGCCACCUCUGCGACCGAUCUAGCCACCUCCGUAGCCUCCAUCAUCCCCAUCCACAACGCCGUGAACGAGCGUGCAUGGUCUGAAAUCCUAGAAUGGGAGUCCUCUGCACCGACGUCUGAUCCUGGUAGCCGAAAAUGUGGAGGUCCUAAGCUGUAUUCGUUCCGAGGAUUGGGAGUCGAGAGCCAAUUUUUGAGCCCAAGAGCCAGGAUUAAUGGCUGGUUAGGAUAUCAACGGCCGUUCGAUAGACAUGACUGGGUUGUGGAAAGGUGGGUGGUAGAUACGUCGUUCUUCUAA